CUAACGAAGAGGAAGAAGAAAAUAAUAAUCAAAUCUCGGAUUAUGAAAUCUCGCGAGAUCUUGUACGGAGCGGCGAAAUCGCAGGCAAGCAGAGGGGAGACGGAAAAGAGAGGCAUCUGAACAAACUCAUAUAAUAACUCAUCAAAAUGUCCGGGCGAUCAGUACGAGCGGAAACGCGAAGCCGUGCAAAAGAUGAUAUCAAAAAAGUCAUGGCGGCGAUCGAAAGGGUCCGUAGAUGGGAGAAAAAGUGGGUAACUGUGGGUGACACAUCCUUACGGAUCUUUAAGUGGGUUCCUGUAUCAGAGACGAAGCAGAUAUUUAAAACUAAAGGCCCAGGAGGGGCGUCAAGGGAACUCAAGGGCUUUCCUACAGAUGUGGUACUAGAAAAUGCUCGCUCAGUCUUACUGGAUUUCCAAGAUGACAAUAGUAACCAGAGUUUCUUGUCGGAUGCCUAUCAGUCGAAUAACAAAGUGGACAGCAGCAGUAACUCUAGUCCACAGCAUGCCAGUGGGGCAGUGAGCCCUACUCACACUCCCUACUUCCGCACAGAGGAUUCGCAGCCACCCACCCUGGGACAGGAAACCAUGGAGGAGCCAUCAAUGACCAGCAGUGAAGUCACUGAUGAACCACCAACUCUGAUAAAAGAGGAUUUGCAGCCUCUGUCUGCUCAGGAGGAUGAGGAAGUGGCACUUGCUCCGCCGUUGAAAAGAGUUUGUACAGAAUAAAAGGCUUUUAUUAAAAGCCAAGUCUUAAGAUAGACACACGAUGAUCAACACAGCUCACCUGGGACACGUGGGACUGAAAUGAGCAGCCAUAUUAUGGACUGAGCGUCUGUCAGCUGCAUUAGAAUUUGAUAAGGAAAGAAUGAUAUCACUUCCCAGAACUGAUUCCUAAAAUUAGCAAGCGAUUAAUAAAAGAAACAACGACAGAUCUCUAGCAACACUCUACAAAGGACUGAAAAGGCACAAACUAUGAAAUGGUUGGAAUUUCAUUUAGAUUUUUUUUCCCCAAAGUUUUACAUAUUUUUACCAUGAAGUAUUUACUUGAAGACAAAUCUGUAAGUAUUAUAUUUGUUGUAAAUAACUCAGUGUGGGAGAGAACACAAUAAUAGUAUAGUGUGUCACGGCAUCAUGUAGGUACAUUUUAGGACGUUUAAGUAUCUACUCAUUCGUAUUGCAUUUUUAAGCUUUUUAAGUUUCCGUAGAAUAUUUGCUUUCAUUUUCGUUGCAUGUGUGCUUUAUUCUUUUUUUUUUUACCGCAUGCAGCAAGGAGCAGUUGUUUAGAUGUUUUACCAAACCACAUUUAUUUGCUAACAAGCUAAAUUUAGCAACGGUAGAGUUCAACAAAGUCAUUUUGGACUCAGCUCAGGUACCUUAAAUUGAAAUGUUAAAUUGAUCUUUCACUAUCAGAGAGAAUCAGAUACGGAGAAUAUAGCAAAAAUGUAACAUACUGUGGUGUGUAGUGUUGAAGUUAUUUUCAAUACAUAAUGGACCAGCAGUUCUAGCAAUUCCCUAUUUUCAGACUUGCACUGCAAAUAUGAAGGUCUUUACAUUUACAUGCUUUGGAUUAAUAGUCUAUGAAGAUGUCUUUAUAGAAAAAUAUAUAUAUAUAAAAAAUAAAAUAUGUGAGUGAUAUGAGUAUGUUUCAGAGUGACUCUAAUACAGUAUGUAUUCACUGUUAAAAGGCUCAAAUAAGUAUUUUCAGAAUAUUUUUUGAAAAUACUUUCAAAAUUCUUAUGACUUUCAAACUGUGGGUCGAACUGUUUUUUAAAACAUGCAGUGUAAUCUGAGCAAGAGACCAUAACAGAAAUACUUGACAUUGGAAGACAAAACCUCUGGCUAUCUUUAAUUAGGCUUCAGAGAAAUACUCCAGUGAUUCUCGACCUAAUUUCUAUUUAACAGAACUGUCGAGCAACUGCGUGAUUACCACGGACGAGAAUUUCAACACUUUUGCCUGUGUUGGAACAGAAGAUUUGUUUACUCAAAACUAAGGGCAGUUGUUGGGGCCGUCAAUCAAUGUUUAUGCAAAAAGUAUUUUUGUAGAAUGUGUUCAUGAAUUUUCAUGAAUAGGUCUUUAAAGGAAAUUAAAUGAUAAAUCUGCAUCACUCA